UUCCGACGAAUUAUUUCGCCUGUCAGUCUUGAAACUUGUUAGGCAUGGCCCCGACAUUUCGGAGAAGUUUUCAACCCACCAUGAGAUUGUUCCUACUCUUCACCUGCCUGGGCCUAGGCAUGUCCACGUCUCCACUCCAGGCCCAGGACUCGAUUAGUGUUCUGAAGCAGGCCUUCCAUGAGUUGCGAGACUUUGAUCACCUGGAUAAGGAGAUCUACUUGGAAAACCGGGCUCGUCAACCUCAGCUUCGUAAAGGGGCCCAAGGGAUCCAUGCGAGCAUCAAUAGACCGAGUGUUGAGGCCGUUCGAAAUGCUCGGGUGGCCAUGGUCUAUGAAUUUGCCACGCUUCACCUUCGAUCUGUCACGCAUCGAAAUAAAAGGCAGACUUUCAUGUCACUGAUCUCGAAUGCGGCCAAUGGAGUGUCCCGAGCUUUGGGCUUCAGUAAUCCGGCUGAGAAGAGUGCCGAUCUGGAGGAUGGCUUUCAGAACCCUGAUAGCUUUGAUUUUGACGAUAUUCCGGAUCCGCCAGAUACAAUACCAGAGGUGGAUGAUCCCAUUCAGACGGUCUUAGGAAUUCAUGGCGGAGCCGUACUCAACUUUCCGAUCUGCGCUCAAGAAACCCGCGAGAUGUCUUGCGAUCCAAAGGCCGAAUAUUGAUCCCUAAGUGGGCGUUGUAACAAUUUAGCCCGUCCUAAUCAGGGCAAGCACCUCGUUCCUUUGAGGCGCUACUUCGGUCCUGAAUACGACGACGGCGUGGCUCGUCCCAAGAUUCGCAGCGCCAAUGGCCAACCUUUGCCCAAUGUCCGAACCAUCUCCGCCCUUGUCCAUCAUAAUGGAUCAAAUCUGGACAGCAGACAUACGUUGAUGCUGAUGCAAUGGGGCCAAAUCUUGGAUCACGAUAUCACCUCGACUCCGAUGAUUCGUGGUUUGAACGGCUCCAUCUUGGACUGCAGCGGUUGUCAGUCCAAUGGCCGUCAUCCAGGUUGCUAUCCAAUUCUCGUGCCGCGAAGUGACAAGUUCUUUCCGGUGCGCGAGGCUCGAUCCGGACAAAGAAAGUGUAUUCCAUUCACGAGAUCACUCCCCGGACAAACGAAAUUGGGGCCGCGAGAGCAGAUCAAUCAAAAUACGGCUUAUGUGGAUGCAUCUCAUCUAUACGGAAGCCAUCCAUGUCGAUUAGAGGAUUUAAGGCUUCACCGAAACGGCCGCAUGAGGGUAUUGGAGCACCCACGGUCCAAGAUAUUCAAGAACUUAAUGCCGAGGAACAACGAGAACGAUGAAUGUCGUUCCCCGAUUGGACUUUGCUUUCAUACCGGUGACGACCGCAACAACGAGCAGCCUGGCCUUACCAGUAUUCACACGUUACUCUUGCGUGAACACAACCGUUUGGCCGACCAACUUCAGGCCGUGAAUCCAUUGUGGAAUGACGAGAAGACUUUCCAGGAAGCCAGGAAGAUUCUCAUGGCCAUUAAUCAACAUAUUUCAUACAAUGAAUUUCUCCCACGUGUCCUUGGAACUGAGAUCACCCGGGCGUUUGGUCUGACUGCAGCCGAGGGCUACUACCACAAAUACAAUCCGGAUUGCACGGCGGAUGUUCACAAUGAGUUCGCCACGGCCGCUUUUCGAUUCGGCCACAGCCUUAUUCGGCCCAUGUUUGCCAUGUUUUCGGCCACCAUGAAGAAGAUGAACGAUUCCGGGGUGCGAUUAAGAGAUCAUUUCAACAACCCUGAUGUGGUCUACGGAUCCCAUUUCAUUGAUCAGAUCCUCCGAGGAAUGGUCAUGAAUCCCAUGGAACAGUUCGACAACACCAUCUCGGACGAGCUCACCAACCAUUUGUUUCAAGAGCGAGGGAAACAGUUCUCGGGCAUGGAUUUAGCUUCUCUGAAUAUUCAACGAGGUCGAGAUCACGGACUCCCAGGCUACACCAAAUAUCGACGACUUUGCCUGCAGAAAUUCGAAAGUCGGAAAUUCAAUCAACAUCCCCAGGGUCUUUUCCAACAAAUCCGAGAAUUGAAGGAUCUGCACCACAUCUUCCGACCGGAUGUGGCUCAAAUCGUGGCUCGCUUGUACAGGCACGUAGAUGAUAUUGACUUGUUUACUGGGGGUUUGUCCGAAAUUCCCCUGGAGGGAGCUGUGGUGGGUCCAACAUUUGCUUGUUUGAUUGCGGAUCAGUUCGAGAAAUUACGACAAUGCGAUCGAUUCUGGUUUGAGAGCCCGGAUGAACAUAUUCAGUUCUCAUUGGAACAGCUACAAGAAAUCCGCAAAGUGACGCUGGGUUCGCUAAUUUGUCGUAAUUGCGAUCUGUUUGCCCCAAUGCCAAGAAAUGUAUUUGACAUCCCGGAUGAUGUCAAUAAUCCAAUGGAAGAUUGUCAAAAUCAUCCCAUGAUCGACAUUGCUAAAUGGAAUGAUCCAAAAGCAUCAAGUUCCAGCCGUGGUGGCCGUGGAUUCAAUGUUGUCGUCCCAUUUUGUGACUUUGAAGGUCGCGUGGCUUUACCCGGAUCAAAAGUCCGUACAUCUGCUUGCGUAAAAUGUGAAUGUAAUUCUGACGAGAUUUGUUCGACACUAAAAUUCGACAAUUGUGCGGAUCUUAUUGAGGACGUGGGUCCUUUUGCUGUGACUGUGGAUCCGAAUUGCAGUCAAGAAUGUCGAAGCCAGGCUCAAGCCAAGAUCCUACAAAGUUCCACUUUGUAGAAGGUUCCAAGACUUUCUGUAAAUGUGUAAAUGACUUCAAUAAAACAUGCUUGACAAAAUAUCAAA